AUGGGACUGUUUUCAAAACUAAAGAAAGCGUUUAAAGGGGCGCGUGCACACGAACCCGACCCCUGUGUGCUGCUCAAAUACUCCCCGGAGAGAAGAGGCAGGAGACCAAAGUUCUGGGGAUGUCGCCUUCUUCACUUUUUCCGCCGAAAAGCUGGGAAAUACAACCUGGCCAAGGCUGAGGAAGUCUGCCAGAAGGAGGCGGCAUUGUAUCGGAGACUUAAUGAUGGUCAGACUUCUCUACAACAGGGAUGUGUUGUUGUCGAGAUCCAUGAUCAUCAAGACCCUCCAGUCUCUGAAGUCCUCCCUGCUAUAGAGAAACUGCUGGAGCCGGACGUCCCCCAACAACUGGAUGUCAACAUUCCAGCUAGUUUGAAUGAAGAGGACAAAGUGGAAGAGCUGGCCAAGGAUCAGAUUUGUCUGCAGGAUAAUUGCACUGAAGACAAUGAAGUGGAGGAGCAAGACGACAAUCACGUAUUCUGGCAAUACGAAUUUGGGCCCCAGCUGGGUAAAGGAGGCGGUGGCUGUGUGUAUGCAGCGACUCGCUGCACGGAUGGCCUUAAGCCUGGCCAUCCCAGUCGCCUCCCCUUGGAGAUUGGCCUUACACUCUUGGCCAAUGAGGACCCCAGCGUUCCAUACAUAAUCAAACUCCUGGAUUGGCAGGACAACCCGGACUACUAUGUCAUGGUCUUGGAGCGACCCAUGCCUAGCAUGAGCCUGUUUAGUUUCGUGAAGGUCCGUCAAAGGCUCAGAGAGGGGCAAGCACAACAUUUUAUGUGGCAGGUCCUUCAGGCCGCUAACAUUUGCUGCGAGCGCGGGGUCUUCCAUAGAGACAUAAAACUGGAAAACCUCCUGGUGAACCCAGACACAUUGGAGGUUAAGUUGAUCGACUUUGGAUGCGGCGAGCUCAUGAAGGACACUGACUAUGUGACCUUCAGUGCUGUAGAAAUGCAUUAA